AUGGCGAUGAAGAUGACCACGGCAGCGAGGAUCGGGAUCGCGUCUAUUCUCCUUAUCGUGCUACUGGCCCUUAGCGGUACCUCGGCCUCCGCCGGCUCGGCUUUGAGGGGCAGGGACGUUGACCACGAGGGAGACGUCGACCUUCUCGCCGAAGCUGGAGAGAUCAACUGGCGUGGCCUCCAGGGCACAGGGACGGAUGGUGGCACGCCCUCUCCGACGGCAGUUCCGACAUCUGCAACUGCCACAGGUACGGCCCCUUCGGCGGCUGCUCCGACAUCUGCAACUGCCACAGGCACGCCCUCUUCUCUGGGUGGCAAUUAA